AUGCCAAAAUUGGCUCAAGCUUCCCGAAGGCGCCUAAAGGUGUUCAGGUUCUCUCGCACAUCCAACAACAGCUUUACAACCUCACCGCGGGAUCGACUUGCGCAAGCGCGUCAUGGGAUCUUAAAUGAACCCUGGUUACCAGCUACUGCUGCUCCUCUCCCGAUAACAUAUUUCUCUCCGAGUAGAGUACGCAGGGGUAUUGACGGGUUGGACUCAACGGGCUCAGAGGAACAUAAGCCACCUGAUGAGCGGGUCUUGAAGCUUGGAAAGACACUGCGGAUACUUUCUCCCCUCCUCCCGACUAUUCUCUACAAUACCCUCCCUGCGGAAAUCCUCGCUCCAAGCGUAAACCUCCACCUCUUCCCUUCCACUCAUCCACAUCUCCCUACCGUCAAGGGACGAACACUUUAUCGUGCUGCAUUAUGGACUGUUCCUGUUGCAUGGAGUAGUGUCCCACUAGUUGGGAAUGUGAAACUACAGAUUCUCAGUGAGAGGAUCGUACGUGCGGGCACAGUUCUAGAUACAGAACAUGGAGAUAACGACUGUGGAGACGAGAGAUUAGUCGUGCGGUGGAAGACAGAGGCUAGGACUGAUAGUCGGCCUUUUCAUGAUUCACAGCAUACCACCAAAUCCGAAAAUACGGGUACUCCCAAGUCUACGCCGGUGGCGGGAUCGAAGUCAGAACAGAGCCAUCUCUCCUCAUCUUCCUCGAAAAACAGCACCAAUAAGGGUCUGAGUGUCCUUCUCGGUGGCGAGGAACCGAUUUUCAAACUCUCAAAAGAAGAGCAGUUUACCGGAUUGUUUAUCUUCUCAUUUGAUGAAGAAGGUCGAAUUUUAACACAUACCAUUGAACAUUCUGAUGAAGCGGAUGGAUGGGAUCGCACGGCCAAGUUCGUGACAUUGACAGAUUGGUUGAUUGGUAAAGCGCGAGGGUCAUUAGAUCCUGUACCGAGUCCUGGGUUGGCCAUGUCUGAGGGAUUUGGAUUCUCAAAUACACAUCGAUUUACGAAGCGCUAA